AUGGAAAAACCAACUGCCGACGGCGAAGCGCGUGCGGCGCAGUUGCCCAUUCUCGUAAUUGGCUCUGGAACCUCUGGACUCGCACUCGCUCAAGGCCUUCGCAAAGUAAAUAUUCCGUGUAUCGUCUUCGAGAAGAACGGCGCAAAGCAUGGCGAGCGCGACUGGAACAUGGGUCUUCACUGGGGCGCACCAGCAUUGAAAAGCCUCAUGCCAGACGGCUGGUGGGAUCGCAUCCAGAGCGUUUCCGUCGACCCAAACGUGCCUACAAAGGAGCAGGAUACGCUGAAGUGGCUGCGAGGCGACACCGGAGAUCUGGUCGCAGCCAUCACCUUCGGGCCUUUCUACCGCCUACGAAGGAGCAAGUUGCGCGACAUGUUAAUGCAAGGCCUUGACAUACAGUUCGACAAGCGCUUACAAGACGUCUCAUAUGCAAGCGACAAUCAGUCAGUCACAGUACAUUUUGCCGAUGGCACAACGGCGACUGGAAGCAUGUUGGUAGGUGCCGAUGGAGCUCGCUCUUCGACCAGACAGAUCCUAUUGGGUCGCGAAUUGGGUGCCAUCAACCAUAUACCAUAUGCUGCCACUUUUGUUCAGUGUAAGUUUACCGUGGAACAAGCUCUCUUCUUGAGGUCUUUUCACCCACUGUACCUAGCAUGCGCGCAUCCCAAUAACAACUUCGCCUUCUUUGGCAUGCAUGACGCACCGGAUGCAGAUGAUCCAUCGUCCUGGACGUUCUUUUACUAUAUCUCGUGGAAAAGUAGUUUGGAAGAGCAGGAGGCGACCAAGGAUUGGACUGGUGCUCAGCGACUGGCACAACAGAAGGAAUUCGCCAAAGAGUUCUGCGACCCGUGGAGGAGUGCGCUUGAGUGGACACCAGAUGGCACCCCCGUGUGGUAUCUGGGGCUCAGUGACUGGGACCCCGGAAUGGAAGGCCAUCGUUGGGAUAACCACCACGGCUUAGUUACCAUGAUUGGCGACGCUGUCCAUCCAAUGACCUACCAGAGAGGGCAAGGCCUCAAUCACUCGGUCACGGACGCUGGAAAGCUGCAUGAAGCCAUCACUAAGAUUCAAGCUGGAGAGGAUAGAAAAGCUGCGAUAGAUGCAUUUGAAGAGGAGAUGAUCAGGCGUGGGGGUGGAGAGGUUCGAGACGGUACAGCGAAUACAAUGAUGCUUCAUGAUUGGGAACGCGUGAGGCAGAGUCCUCUUUUCACAAAGGGUAUGAAAAAGGUCGAUGCUUAG